CCAUGUGUAUCUCCUGUAAAGAACAAGUUCGACCUCGUCAAGAAGGCCUCCAGUGCGAUGGCUGCCUCCGUUAGCAAUACCGCACCUGCCAUAUGGGCGUGUCGCAGGCAGAUUACCGCAACGCUGUUAAAAGCGGUGCGUCUAUUGACUGGUGCUGCUUAACAUGUGACUUCCCUCAGGCCGAAAGUUCAUUGUCAAUCCUGUCAACAGAUAUCCUUGAGUCCGAACAGUUCAAUCCUCCAGCAGACUCGUCUGACCAGCUUACGGAGCCUUCGACCAUUGAUACCAGUUCAGAAUCCGCAGUCGGUAUAGAGGGAUCAACAGUGCACGAACCACCCAUCCAGCCGACGAUUAACGAUUGACAAAUUCAAGCAGUUGAGGAAGUAGACCAGCCACUGACUUUUCAGAUCAUGGAGGGUGCCAGCGAGAGGGCAAAACGGAAGCUUAUUGACAGCAACGGGUUUAGCUAUAACGUCAAGAGGCAGCGCCUUGAAGCAACCGACUGGCAAUGCACUGUUCGUCCGACGCCUUCCCUGUGUUGACAGUCUGCAGAGAACCGCUAACCGCACCCGCCAGCAGUUACGACCACAAGACCCGAAGGACUUGGACUUGGACUUACAAAUGGAGCAUAUCCCAGAUGGCUUCUUCCGUGAAGAUGUUAAGAUACGAGGGCGCCGUCACCUGGUGUUUGCUUCAGAUAAACAGCUGGAACUGCUCUAACAGUCUAAGACGUAGUACAUAGACGGAACUUUUAAACUUUGCCGCCAGCCGUUUACUCAGCUCCUGACCCUUAACGCCUUUGAAAAGAACGACGAUCACGUGAAGCUGGUGCCUCUGGUUUUCGUCAUAAUGUCAGGCAAAAAACGGCGAGAUUACAAGGCGGUCCUCGAUGCUGUAAUAUCCAUCCCCCCUUCUCCACCGAGAGUCACCAAGGUAAUGCUGGACUUCGAAAAAGUUGUUUGGAGCGCACUCCGACAGACCCUCCCAGGCGUUCAGCUUAAAGGGUGUUCAUUCCACUGGACACAAGCCCUAUGGCGAAAGGUACAAGGGCUUGGACUCCAGGAUGCCUACAGAAAUGACCGCGGCACCCACCAGCUAAUAAAGCAACUGAUGGCUUUAUCGUACCUCCCUGCUGACAAGAUCGAACGCAGAUUCCGUCGACUCCAGCAGCAAGCAACUGGCAGACCCUUGCAGGAUUUCUGUAGCUACAUCGAAGAGAACUGGAUAACAAGUCAGACCUUUCCGCCACAGACCUGGAGCGUAUUCCUGGAAGCGGUCAGGACCAAUAACGACUUAGAGGGUUGGCACAAUGGCUUGAACCGGCGCACCAAAGGACGAUCUCAGCUUCCGUUGUACAUCCUAAUCCAGGUGCUUCACCGGGAAGCUGCACUGGUCAGCAUGCAAAUCCGUCUGGUUUCAGACAAAAAGCUGAAGAGGCAUCAGCGCUCGACCUAUAGGACCUUACAGAGAAGACUCUUUGACCUUUGGAGUGAAUUCGAAAAUGGCAAUAGGAAUUCAAAGGAGCUUCUGGAGGCAUGCGCUCACCUCGUACAACCCAUGUAAUUUAA